AUGCCAAAACCAUUACAUUUAUUAUCCAAAAGACGAAAGCAGCAAUUAAUUAAUGAUGAAAUUGCUCGUCAUCAACAUUCGUCACCAACAUUAUUAUUUGAAAGCAAUAUGAAAAAUAUUGACUCGAGUAAUGUGUCAGUAUGUGACUUAGAUUUAUACGGUCCUAAUAAUUCUGAGUGCAAGAAUACUUGGGAAAAGGCAAGAAAAAUAGCAGAUGACCCCAUGUAUAAAACUACGGAUGACGAAAGUCUUGAAGAAACUAAAGACAACACUAAAAGCAAUAAAACUAAAAAAAAGGACGAAUAUGCUAAACCAACUAUAAAAAGCUGCUUUACUCUUCCACCUACAUUAACUUUAAAUGAUAUUACGGACGAUAAUAUUAUUAUUGAUGCAAAUUUAAAUGUUAUACAAGCAGCCGGAGUGUCAAAUUCAAUAUCUAUCACAUAUGUUGAUAAACCGGAUCUUAAUAAGGAACAGUUGCAAAUAGCACAAGAUAUUGCUAUUAUAAAAGACCAAUAUUGUUCCAUACAUCGUAUGCAUGCUUCGAUUCUUCUAACAUUAAAAAGUAUUGACGAAAGAUUACAUAAAAUGGAGCAUAAAAAUGUAACACAACCUGAAAAAAUGCAAUAUCCACUGUUACUACCAUUACUACCAUUAAAAGACCUUCAAAGUAUUGCUAACUUAGAAGAACUUCUCACAACCAACGAUUCAGCUCUUUCUCAAUAUACAAAUUUUGUUACCAAUAUUGGAGAGCAUACAGCAAAAGAGAAUAUUCAUAGAAUUUUAAGAAAAGUUUUUUCUGAUGAGUGUGCUAAACUUUGUUCAUGGAAAGGAAAAAAAAACAAUUAUGCUGUUUAUAAUUUACGCAUAAUUACAGAAAUUAGCCAAGCCGUUACUUUAUCUUACGAACUAAAAGAAAUUGAAUUUGAAGACGUUGCUGCAGAAUGGUUUCGUUUUGCAAAACAACGAGCUGCAAGAAAAAGUCAGCAUUAAAGGAAUAAUGAUUUCUAAUACAUUUAUUAAUGUAAAAUUAUUGGUCUAAUUUGUGCUAACAAAUCUUUAUAUUUUAGAUAUGUCAUUUAUAUGUCAAUUAUUAUGUCAUUUAACGUAUUGCAUAAUACAUCUCAAUAUUAUAAUUUUAUAUUGUAAUUUUAUUAAUACAUAUGUACGUUUUAAAAAAUAAAACUUUUUUACUGUA